AUGUCUGAUAAUAGUGAUAAUGUAUCAGUUAGAGUUGCAGUAAGGGUGAGACCACUUGUACAGAGUGAAAUUGAAAGAGGUUGCAAAGACAUAUUGGAUGUAAUAGAGGACAAUGAACAAAUAAUAAUACACAGUUUAGGGAGUAAAGCUUUCACAUUCAAUUAUGUUCUGUCCAGUAAAUCUGAACAAGAUCAAUUAUAUGAUAGAUGUGUUCAGCCUCUUAUUGGUAACCUAUUCAAGGGGUACAAUCUAACUAUCAUGGCAUAUGGACAAACUGGUUCAGGUAAGACCCAUUCAAUGGGCACAGCAUACAGUGGAGCAGGGCAAAUGGGCGUUAUUCCCAGGGCGAUAAGCGAAAUUUUCGACACCGUCAAAGACAAUUUCUCCAUCGAUUUCGAUAUAACUGUCUCGUUCAUGGAACUCUAUCAGGAGGUACUGUAUGAUCUGCUAUCGGGGAAGCCCCGAGACCAAUGCGUUGUGGAAUUGCGAGAAGAUCCAGUGAAAGGUAUAUUGAUUCCUGGGCUAUCAGAAUUGCCCGUAAAGUCUGCCGAAGAAGUGUUAGCGAUCCUUCAAAAGGGCUCUGCAGGUAGGGCUACUGGAUGCACGGCUAUGAAUUCGCAGAGCUCUAGAAGUCAUGCCAUUUUCACAGUGAAUAUGUCAAUGACUAAUAAAGAAAAUAGGAAGGAAUAUAAGGUAUCCAAACUACACCUGGUCGAUCUGGCUGGAUCGGAGAGACCGAAGAAAACUGGUGCAGUCGGUAGCACUUUUAAAGAAGGUGUCCUUAUCAACAAAGGAUUAUUCGUGUUGGGUAAUGUAAUCAGUUGUUUGGGAGAUGAAAAAACGCAAAACGGAUUCAUCCCAUACCGGGAUAGUAAUCUCACUAGAUUACUCAAAGAUUCGUUGGGCGGUAAUAGCAUAACACUGAUGAUAGCUUGUGUGAGUCCUGCCGAUUAUAAUAUAGACGAAACGUUGUCGACCUUGAGGUACGCUGAUAGGGCGAGAAAGAUCAGAAACAAACCCAUCGUCAAUCAAGACGCCAAAGUGGCAGAGAUUAAUGAACUCAAACAGACGAUUAGGCAGCUCAGACUGCAAAUAUUGGGUCAAGGAGGUCCUAUGGUUUGUCCGGCAGAAAUAGAGUUACUGAAAAAAGAAAUCCUCGAGUGCAAACUGAAAAUAAGAGAAUUAACGGUUCAACUAUCGGCUGUGUUGCUGGAGAAUACAGGUCUCCACGAAAAGAUUACGAUCCUACAGAACGCCAAUGACUUGUUGAGC